CUCACAGGGAAAUGUGUUCCCUUCAACGCCACCCUCAGCAUGUGUGAGAUUAAAGGCUGGUGUCCUGCUGAGAUUGACACCAUCAAGACGACACCAAUGAUGGAAGUUGAAAAUUUCACCAUCUUUAUUAAGAAUAGCAUUCGUUUCCCAAUUUUCAACUAUACCAAGGGGAACUUCCUCCCCACCAUCACUGGAAACUACAUCAAGACAUGUAACUUUGACAUGGUCAACAAUACCUACUGCCCCAUCUUCAGGGUGGGAGACGUGGUCCGCUACGCUCAGCAGAACUUCACCAAUUUGGCGAGCAAG